AUGAGCUACAACCCGCUAGGCGGCUACGGCCACACCGGCAAUCCCGACCACCACGAGACCGACCCCAAUCACCCUUUCAUGGAUCGACACAACUCCCCCGAUCGCUACCACAGCCCGGCCUACCAGCUCGAGGACCGACCUUACCAUGAGCCUCUCGAGAUCCCCAUGGGCCCAGGGCAAUACGCUGCUGCGGCAUCAAGUGACAGACUAGCUGCGCAACCAACAUAUGAAGUCACAAACAUGCCUGGCACUUACGGCCACGCUCAGGCGUACGAUGAUACUCAUGCCCAUGGCUACACCCCUAAUCCGUUCCAGCAGGCUGAACAUCAAGGGCGUGGAGAGUACAAUCUGAGCCCGCAUCCACAAGAGCAGCACGAUCAAUACUUCCACCAAGGCCCGACUUCUCCUUUCCACGACCCCCAACCUUCGCCGUACGACGCGCCGCAACAUCCAUACUACCAAGACGAGGCCGACAGCCGGCCGAUGCUUCAGCCAGAUACCUCGUAUGGACCAGACCCGCAUCAGAUGCAUCCAGACUCAUCACACACCGAUCUUGAAGGUGGUUACAACGAGGCGCCGCCUAUCAAAGCCCCCAUUCGGAGAUGGAAAACGGUGAAGGAAGUGCAGUUGUUCAAUGGCAACUUAGUGCUCGAUUGCCCAAUUCCACCAAGAUUAUUGAAUCAAGUCCAGCACGCCCAGCCACCAGAGAGAGACGAGUUCACACACAUGCGAUACAGCGCCGCGACUUGCGAUCCAAGUCAGUUCUUCAAGAAGCGGUUCACUCUCAGACAACGAUUAUUCGCAAAGCCGCGACACACUGAGCUAUUCAUUGUGGUGACAAUGUAUAACGAGGAAGACGAGCUGUUCGCGAGAACGAUGAUUGGUGUAAUCAAGAACAUCGAGUACAUGAAUUCGCGCACGUCUUCAAAGAUGUGGGGCAAGGAAGCUUGGAAGAAGAUCGUCGUAUGUAUUGUUUCAGAUGGUCGAGCGAAGAUCAAUCCGAGAACAAGAGCUGUGCUUGCUGGUAUGGGAAUCUACCAAGAUGGCAUUGCGAAGCAGCAAGUCAAUGGCGAAGACGUGACAGCUCAUAUUUACGAGUACACGACGCAGAUGACCUUGGAGAUCAAGAAGGGCAUUGUGCAGGUGAAGAAGGGUAAUACGCCUGUGCAGAUUUUGUUCUGUCUCAAGGAGAAGAACCAGAAAAAGAUCAACUCACACAGGUGGUUCUUCCAGGCCUUUGGUGAAGUACUUCAGCCCAAUAUCUGCGUUCUCAUCGACGCAGGUACUCGACCGGGACGGAGCAGUAUCUACGAUCUCUGGAAAGCAUUUGACCGAGAGCCAAUGUGCGCGGGCGCAUGUGGUGAGAUCAAAGCUAUGCUGGAGAAAGGCAAGAACCUGAUCAACCCACUCGUCGCCGCCCAAAAUUUCGAAUAUAAGAUGAGCAACAUCCUCGAUAAGCCACUGGAGAGUGCGUUCGGCUUCAUCACCGUGCUUCCUGGUGCAUUUUCGGCAUACAGAUUUGUGGCAUUGCAGAACGAUAAGACCGGCAAUGGACCACUCGAGCGCUAUUUCGCCGGCGAGAAGAUGCACGGCGCCAACGCUGGAAUCUUCACAGCCAACAUGUACCUUGCCGAAGACAGGAUUCUGUGCUGGGAGCUCGUCAGCAAACGCAAUUGUUCAUGGAUCUUGCAGUACGUCAAGUCCGCAACUGGCGAGACUGACGUUCCCACCGAGAUGGCCGAUUUCAUUCUGCAGAGAAGACGAUGGCUGAAUGGCUCUUUCUUCGCCGCUGUCUAUGCUCUUGCCCACUUCUACCAAAUCUGGCGUUCACACCACUCAGCCCUUCGAAAGUUCUUCUUCAUCAUUGAGUUCAUCUAUCAGGCCGUCAACAUGCUGUUUGCUUGGUUUGCCAUCGGAAACUUCUUCCUCGUAUUCCGCAUCCUUACCAGCUCAUUAUCUGACAAAUCACUCCUCGGUACCGCAGGACUGGUCCUCUCCGUGGCCUUCGAAUGGUGCUAUCUUGCCAUCCUGGUUACUUGUUUCGUGCUGGCGCUUGGCAACAGGCCCCAAGGAAGCAACAGGCUCUACAUGGCACAAGUCUAUUUCUGGGCAAUCCUCAUGUGUUACCUGCUCUUCGCCUCGGUCUUCAUCACGGUCAAGUCGAUUCAGGCUCAAAUCGCUCAGAAUAAUGGCUUCAGCUUCGAAAUGCUCUUCACCAACAAGCUUUUCUUCACGCUCAUCAUAUCAAUGGCCUCGACGUGGGUUCUGUACCUAGUGGCAUCAAUCCUAUUCUUGGAUCCCUGGCACAUGAUCACCUCAUUCAUUCAAUACCUCCUGCUCACGCCGACUUACCUCAACAUCCUGAACGUGUAUGCUUUUUGCAACACCCACGAUAUUACUUGGGGUACCAAGGGUGACGACAAGCCGGAGAAGCUUCCUGCUGCCAACCUCAAGCCUGGCGGGAAAGUCGAUGUUGCUAUACCCACCGACGACGCGGACCUCAACACGCAGUAUGAAGAAGAGCUUCGGACCUUCUCGACCAAGUACGAAGUGCCUGCCAAGGUCGUCACGCAAGAGCAAAAGCACGAGGACUAUUACAAGGGCUUCCGGUCUACAGUCGUUGUGGGCUGGAUGCUGUGUAACCUGGCCCUCGCGGCUGUCGUUCUCAAUGCCGGAGGUCUAAACCGUGUCGACGUUGGCGAUAAAGACGAUGAGACGGAAGCCGAGCGCAGCACGAUUUAUAUGGCAGUUGUGCUCUACUCCGUGGCAGCCUUGGCAGCAGUCAGAUUCAUUGGUGCUUGUUGGUUCUUGGUUAUUCGGGUGUUCCGAGGCGUGUAAAUUUGUGUAUCGCCACGAUUUGAUGAUCAGAUGGCGUUUAUGAUUGCUUGGAGAGCAAUUAGUCUUUUGGUUGAGAGAUACCCUCAUUGUCGUUGAUGAGCGUAUUCCACGAUUCGACAGUGGUAUGUAAUGGACAGAAACCUCAUGAAGCUUCUCGUUAAG